AUGGUAAAGUUGUUGGCAUCUUAUAAUGAGAGUGUUCAUAAAGUGGUUUUUGAGAAUGCUCCAAAGAAUGCAAAACAUAUAUCUCUUGAUGUUCAGAAGAAGAUCCUAAAUAUUUUUGCAAAGAAAGAAGGUCGUACAAUACUUGUGACUUUUAAAAAUAACAUAUUUGCUGUUCUUUCUUAUCACAACUUAAGCACUCAUAAUAUUCGAGCUCAGGGUUACGAUGGUGCAAGUAAUAUACUUCAAUUAGCAUUGGUUGGAGUAUCUAGAAAGGUAAUUGACAUUUAUAAUUUUUUUAGUCAGUUAUUUGUUAUCAUUAGUGUUGUCAGUGCUUCUUGUAAAAGACAAGAUGAACUAAGGGCUGUUCAAACUACAAAUAUUUCCAAUGUAUUUGAUGUGUUUGAUGCGACUUGCACUGUUCUAGAAAAUAUCAUCAAGGAUGGAAACUAUUCUCAAUGUGGAGAUGCAGACAGAAAAGCUCAAGAUAUUUUAAACGCUCUUGAUUUAGUUUCUACCACAAAAAGAUUGAUUCAAAAUAUGAGAGAAUGUGGAUGGGAGAAGUUUAUUAAAGAAGUCAAAUCCUUUUGUGAGAAGCAUGAAGUAUUGAUCCCCAAUAUGAAUGCUCCUUUUUCCAUUCGUCGAAGUAGGUGUCGUUCUAAGGAAACUAAUAUCUUUGUUGGUCACCACUAUCAUUCUUCUCUAGAUCCGAAAGAUAAUUACAGGUUGUUCAAUUCUGAUAGUAUAUACAAUCUUGUAGAAAAAAUAUAUCCUGAAGAUUUCACAGAACAAGAAAAGUUACAUUUGAAGAUUCAACUACAUCACUAUGAGCCUGAUGUUCCUCAACAUACAAAGUUGAAGAAUUAUCUACUCUUUCAGAAUUAUGUCAAGUAUUGA